CUCGCUGAUCGACUUUUUGUCUCGUCAAGAUGGUUCUCGCGGUCGACCUCCUCAACCCCACGCCUCAGGCUGAGGCCCGCAAGCACAAGCUCAAGCAACUUGUGCCUGCUCCCCGCUCCUUCUUCAUGGACGUCAAGUGCCCCGGCUGCUUCACCAUCACCACCGUCUUCUCCCACGCCCAGACUGUCGUCGUCUGCGCCGGUUGCUCCACCGUCCUGUGCCAGCCCACCGGUGGUAAGGCCCGUCUUACUGAGGGCUGCUCUUUCCGCCGCAAGUAAAUGUAUCGAUAAUCGCGCGCAAUAAAAACCUCCCGUGGUCGGAGCGAUGAUGAAAGCAAUGUGGCGUUCUUCGAUGAUGAUGGAUUAAUAUAUCUCGUUUUUUCUUUGAAGGAAAGCAAGAUUUCAGAUAGAAGAUGGAAUCCUCGCCCCCCUUUCUUGUGCGAGAAGCAGUCCCCCCCGCAGAGAACCCUCCCUUACCCAAGGGAAAUGAAAAAAAA